UCUGCCGCAGCUGCAAUUCGAUCAUCAUCUCCUAUUUGGUGUGGUGUGGUGUGGUUUGGGUGUUCAAUCGUUUCUAUGAGUUCCGGUCUGAAGGAAGAUUUCCUCGAUUGUAUCGUGCGUUUAGAGGAGACGCACAUUCAACAAGGCUUCGACGAGGGUUACGGAAAGGGUCUUGUGUCGGGUCGGGAAGACGCUCGUCAUCUGGGUUUGAAACUCGGGUUCGAGACAGGCGAGCUCAUCGGGUUCUACAAAGGCUGCUCUUUUCUUUGGAAUUCAGCUCUCCGUGUUUAUCCCACUCGCUUCUCCCCUCAGCUCCACAAGCAUCUCAAUGAUUUCCAUGUCUUGCUCGUUAAGUUCCCUCUUUUGGAUCCCGAGGACGAAGCCAAAGACCGGAUCAAGGAUCAUCUCCGAGUCAAAUUCAACAUCAUUUGCGCAUCUCUCGGCGUUUCCAAGAAACAGUUGGAGGGGUGGUCCGAGGAGAUGUUGAGAGAGAUGCUUGGUUGCUGCAAGGUAUACAUAUCUGAAGCGCGGAACAAGACGGCCCUCGAAGCCAUUGAGAGAGCUGUAAAGCCUUUUCCACCAGCUGCAAUCGUCAACAAGUUUGAAGAUGCGGCUUAUGGCAGGGUCGGUUAUACUGUUGUAUCCUCGCUUGCUACUGGGUCAUCUUCAUCCCUGAAGAGUGCAGCGUUUGCAAUGGUUAAGACUGCUCUCGACACCAUCAAUCUUGAGUUGCACUCUGGAUCCCAUCCCCGCCUUGGAGUGGUCGACCACAUAUGCUUUCACCCCUUGUCUCAAACCUCUAUUGAACAAGUUUCUUCCGUUGCCAAUUCCCUAGCAAUGGACAUCGGCUCCACUCUUCGAGUUCCUACAUAUCUAUAUGGAGCAGCAGAUAAGGAGCAGUGCACGCUGGAUUCGAUCAGAAGGAAGCUGGGAUACUUCAAGGCAAACAGGGAGGGACAUGAAUGGGCAGGUGGGUUGGAGCUGGAGAUGGUGCCAGUGAAGCCAGACGCAGGGCCACAAGAGGUGAGCAAAGCCAAAGGGGUUGUAGCGGUUGGGGCGUGCGGGUGGGUGAGUAACUAUAACGUACCAGUCAUGUCAAACAAUCUCAAGGCAGUGAGGAGAAUAUCAAGGAAGACGAGCGAGAGAGGAGGGGGCUUGGCUUCAGUGCAGACAAUGGCGCUUGUGCAUGGGGAAGGAGUUAUAGAGGUCGCCUGUAACUUGUUGAAUCCAAGUCAAGUGGGAGGAGAUGAAGUACAGGGACUGAUUGAGAGGCUUGGCAGAGAGGAAGGUCUGCUUGUGGGAAAAGGGUAUUAUACGGACUAUACACCCGACCAGAUUGCUCAACGAUAUAUUGACUUGCUCAACAAUUCAAAACUUUCAAAGUAAACAAAAAAAACAUUAUGAUGUUGUCAUUUGUGGAACGAAUUAUUACGGACAUCGAUCAUUUGUCUUCAUUUUGUGUUUAGAUAUGCUAUAUAUUGCCAUGAGUAUA